AUGGAGGUUUGGAGACAGACCCUGGAGUCAAAAGAUUUUAGGUUGAGUAGGACUAUGACAAAGUAUGUGGAGUGCAAGUUCAGUGCGGUGACGAGUGAUGCUGACGUGGAAGGGAGACUGGACUCACAAGUGGCCCUAAAGAGAGAGAGUCUCAAGUAUCUGGGGGCUAUAAUCCAAGGUGAUAGGGAGAUUGACGAGGAUGUCACACAUCGUAUUGGAGUUGGGUGGUUGAGAUGGAGGCUUGCAACUGGUGUCCUGUGUGAUAAGAAGGUGCCAUCAAGACUUAAAAAUAAGUUCUACAAAGUAGUGGUUAGACCGACAAAGCUGUAUGGGGUGGAGUAUUGGCCAGUCAAGAACUCUCAUGUUCAGAAGAUGAAAGUUACAAAAAUGAGGAUGUUGAGAUAG